GUUCGCAGGUCUGGCGGGGGACCCGGCAACGGUCGUGGUGGUGGCAGCGGUGGUGGUGGGAGAUGCCCGGGAGGCCCACGGAGGUCCAUGUGGCGCCCUAGGUGGGAUGCUGGCAUCCUGAAGGCCGAAGCCCUGGCCCUGCUCCCCUGUGGCCUGGGCAUGGCGUUCUCUCAGUCACACGUGAUGGCCUCUCGACGGCACCAACAUGGCCGACUCAUCAUCGAGGUGGACGAGUACAGCUCCAAUCCCACCCAGGCCUUCACCUUCUACAAUAUCAACCAGGGCCGCUUCCAGCCACCACACGUGCAGAUGGUGGACCCAGUGCCUCAUGAUGCCCCAAAGCCACCUGGCUACACACGCUUUGUCUGUGUUUCUGAUACUCACUCAAGGACAGAUCCCAUCCAGAUGCCCUAUGGCGACGUGCUGAUCCACGCUGGGGACUUCACAGAGCUGGGGCUCCCAAGCGAGGUGAAGAAGUUCAAUGAAUGGCUGGGCAGCCUGCCAUACGAGUACAAGAUCGUGAUUGCGGGCAACCACGAGCUGACCUUCGACCAGGAGUUCAUGGCGGACCUCAUCAAGCAGGACUUUUAUUACUUCCCGUCCGUGUCCAAGCUGAAGCCGGAGAACUACGAGAACGUACAGUCUCUGCUGACCAACUGCAUCUACCUGCAGGACUCAGAGGUCACGGUGCGUGGCUUCCGGAUCUACGGCUCCCCAUGGCAGCCCUGGUUUUAUGGCUGGGGAUUCAACCUUCCGCGAGGCCAAGCACUCUUGGAGAAAUGGAAUCUCAUCCCAGAAGGAGUCGACAUCCUUAUAACUCAUGGACCCCCUCUGGGCUUUUUAGACUGGGUCCCCAAGAAGAUGCAACGCGUGGGCUGCGUGGAGCUGCUCAACACGGUCCAGAGGCGAGUCCAGCCUCGGCUACACGUCUUUGGCCACAUCCAUGAAGGGUAUGGUGUCAUGGCGGACGGGACCACCACCUAUGUGAAUGCGUCCGUGUGCACUGUGAACUAUCAGCCUGUGAAUCCUCCCAUAGUCAUCGACCUGCCCACACCCCGGAACUCCUGACUGCUGCCCACCCCUGUUCUGCCUGCCCAUGUCAGCUCUGUGUGUCUGCCCGAGAGCCUGGAUCCCCUAACCCAAUUCCUCCCAUGCAGAACAGCUCGGACAGUCCAUUUGGCCAUGGGACCAGCCAGCAAUGUCUAGAAUCUUUGGGAUAGAAGAAAUCGCCUUUGUCAGUCUUCUGCCGCCUGCAGCCGGGGCCUUGAGCAGCCCCGUUGUGGGGCACCAGGCUCAUUUCUGUUUUCUGUGUGUGCAUCUGCUCUUCACUCUAGGGCCUACCUAGCAAGCUCACAGUCCUGUCUCACUUGGGAAAUGACAGAAGCUCCGUUUGACACCCUCUGGCUUUGAGAAGCUGCUGUUUUCGGAUGGGAUUUGGGAAGUUUUAUACAAGAUGUCUCACUACCCAAGUGUAUCUGUGUGGCUUGUGAGCCCCGAAGUUGGGGGGGGGGGAUGUAUGGCCUGGGCACAGGUGGCUCUUCUCUGGCUGGAGGAAAGGAGAUAGAUUUGCUUCUUGUGUGUACGGGUCUUGGGAAUGUUCAGGGACAUCUCAGGAAUUCCAACAGCCCCUGGCCAGGCCUAGAGCAGAUGGCUUGGCUUAGUCCCCCAUUCCUUCCUCAGGACCCUGCUGCCAAUGUGGACAAUGGCUGAGUGUCCCCAGCUUCUGCUCAGAGCCUGGAUUUGGGCAGGGGUCGGGGGUGGGGUGGGGGAGGAGGCUUUGUUCUUCUGGGUGGCCAGAACCUGCUGGUUACUCAUCACAGUCAGGCCAUCUUAGAUCCCCUGGGAUCACACUUCUUUGUAGAUCAAAGUGGCCGGGGGUUCUUCGGGCUGAGGCCCUGUGUCUGGUCAUAUACAUGCCCCGUGUGUGUGGAUCAUGCGCUCCUCCAAACCAAACCAGGUCAUUAGCAUCUACAAUGGGCUCCAUUGACUGACUUCCCUUCAGAGGGUUCCAGGAAAUUUGUCAGUACCACCGACUACCAGGAGGUGGCACAGUGACAGAGCCACCCUGGGUGCUGAUGGCAGCUCCGCCUCUGGCUGCAGCCUUUCUUGAGUAAGGCCUGGGUGAGCCCAUCUGCAGGGGGCAGAGCCAGCAGGCCAUGAGUCGGGGGAGGCAGAGUCCAUUGCUGUUCAUUCAAAAUGCCAAUAUUUGUUCUUUGUGGACUCUUUUUGUACUCAUUCUGAUUCUUAGUAACAUGUUACUAAAAUAGUAUUCUUUGUCCCGACACUUGAUGUUCUACACCCUUUAUGUCAUGCAUCAGACACGAGGGCCUCGCUUGCUUGGCCUGGUUCCAGCCUUGGGGACCAGAUAUCCUGGUACCUUUAUUCAGUAUAAUUUUGCUUUAUCUACAGACAUUCCUGCAAGGUAGGUACUUUUGCCCUGUUACAGAGAUGAGGACACUGAGGCCAGAGAGGAGAGGUCACUUGCCUGAAGAUGCACAGCACAAAGGGGGAAGCAAUGAGGUUUGGACCUCCAUCUCUGGCCUCACACCCUGUCACCACCAGAGUUCUCUCCCUGCAAAGAAGGGCCUGGGUGGAGAGUCUCGCUUAAUUUGGAAGGGUCCUGUUCAAAACUGACUCUUGUUCAUUCUCAACCAAGAGUCCCUCAGACCAUAAGGAAUUCUGAGGUUUAAGCCCAGCAUCCCAACAUCCUCUGAGAUCCACUUGAAAGUCUUUCUCUGCAGGUGAGUGAGCUGGGCUCUGUGGCUCACUGUGGGUGAGGCUGCAUUCCCAGGCCACCUUUGGUGCCCUACCUUGGCCAAAACAACUGUGUCCCACAGGCCACAGGACUGCGGGAAUCUUGCUUGGGUCAAGUGGUUCCUGUGUGUGGGGGGACAUUUACCAGGUCUCUCUUCGGUGCCUCAGAUGCAUGAUGUGUUUGAGGCAGAGAAAAUACAUCUCCUGUGUGCUUUCUCAGCUCCGCAGUUUCUAUGUGGACCAAGAACUAUAAACUUAAAAAAUCUCCUAGGGCAUCUUCAGAAUGCAGCAUAUUUUUAUGUGGGGAAGAAAAGCUGUGGAGACAGCUGUCUUGAAGAGAAAAUUCACUGAAAGUCCUCAAGAUUUGAAAGAUGGCGGCCUGCUCCUCAAUCAUUUUGGCAUAACUUGAUUGUGGCUGUAAUUUUUUUGUCAAGCAUGUCAGACAAUAAAGUCUUUGUAAAAAGAAAAA